UCGAUGCGCAGACCAGACUUGAAGUCGCAACCAUCAGACCACAUCAAGGAUUGUUCUCAUCAAUCACCACAGAUCGACCAACUCAUCUCCGAUUCCAACAGGUCGAUCAUCUCAUCAGACCCCAGCUCCUGCAUCAGACCAGUUCGUGGUGAUCAGGUCUCCACGAUCUUCUUCCACGAGCCCAGCCGCACACAAAACUGCCUGCAUCAGCACCAGACCGGCCUCCAGCUCUUCAGAAGGUUCCCAGACUCGGCUUUCACUCGCACUCGCACUCGCCGGCUCCACUUUGUUCUGAGGUUUUAAUCUUUUUCAACCCGUGCAAAAAAAAAAAAAAAUAUAUAUUUAUAUAUAUUAUUGCACGAUCUGUUCCGCUGCAUACUCUGUGAUUGUGUGAUAUUCCUUCUAUAUUAUUGCAAUGGGUGGUGAUGAAAAAGAAGGCCAGAGUUCUCAGAUCAAUGAGGUCCAGAAAGUUGAAGUUUCUGUCCCAUUUCAUCAGCAAGGACCUCCACCAGGCUUUCCCAAUCGCUCUCGUCCACAAUGUUCUUAUUGCAAUGAUGUUGGGCAUGUUCGCGCGACCUGUUGGAAAUUGAACCCACACCUUAAGACUAAACGACAAGGUUCUCAUCCUAAGGCGAAAGCAGCUGCUGUUCAAUUGGUCCAAGAACCAGAUUUCUAUGGAGUGGCUGGACAAGAUCAUCAUACAGCAGGUGGGGCUCCUCCUACUGCAUCUAUCGCUGGUCGUGGUAAGAUUGGAUCUUCUCACCAGGGAGCUAAUUGGGCGGGGGUAUCUGAGGGGCAGAUUGUUCCAUCUGGAUCAGACAUACGCUGGGGAGAAACCAGGAACACAGUCCCGCACCGCUUUGACUUCGACUUCUGACAAACUAAGUGAGAUUUGGUUGUGGCAUCGUCGAUUGGGGCAUCCAUCUUUUAGUCUUAUGAAAAAAUCCAUGCCUACUUUAUUUAUUGGUGUGAAUGAGUCUGUUUUGCGUUGUGAAACAUGUGUUUUAGCCAAAAGUCAUCGUGCUACUUAUUCUCCUAGUUUUUCAAAUAAAAGUGUCAUUCCUUUUGAGUUAA